AUGACGUCACAUAAUUUAUUUAUGACGUCACAAAAUUUAUUUGAUAAUUUACCGUUUGAUAAAGAUGGGUAUCAAUACUCAUUGGGGAUUGCACCUUUUGUUCGUAUCGGAUCUACUCAGAUCUUCACCGGACGAGACGCACGAUUCACAUUUCCGAAUCUCGUCACCAUCAUUGACCACGCCUACUCAAAAGGUGCACUUGUUAGCAGUCAAAGUUGGGGCUCUCCGCCUUCACUAUGUCAUGGCAUCUACGAUAUUUCCUCACAGAUCUUUGACUCGCUGGUUCGUGAUGCUCGACCUGAGUUUGCCGUUUCGGGUGGAGAAGUCGGUAAUCAAGAGAUGGUGAUUGCAUUCUCGGCUGGCAACGUGCCAAGAGGUUAUCGAACGAUCUGUAAUGCAGGAGCUGCGGCUAAGAACACGAUCACGGUUGGCAGUUCGGAUUCAUUCUUUACUGACGUUGACGGUUUGUGUCCACCUGGAGAUCCACGUGAUGUUAGUCUGACGUUUGCUAGUUUGGGACCAUGCGAAGACAACAGGGUUAAACCCGAUUUGGUUGCCCCUGGUUACCAAAUAUUUGGUCUCACUAGUAACUCUGAUUGCUACAAUUUUUUUGAUUUUUGUAAUGCGACUCUUCAACCGGCCAAUCAGAAGUUACGAUACACUCGAAAUGUGGGAACGAGUUUUGCUGUUCCAUUCGUGUCAGGAGCGUCCGCAUUGCUUAUGGAAUGGUUUCAAAUGCAUGGCUGGGUAGCUGAGAAUAAACGUCCAUCACCAGCGAUGAUCAAAGCGUUUCUCAUGAAUAGCGCAAAGUUUCUCACCGGAAUCGGUGCGAGCAGCUUGCCGUCUGUGUUACAAGGGAUGGGAAGGCUUGACAUACGAUCUGCACUACUCAACACAACGAAGUUCGUUCUCGUUGAUCAAUCGGUUCUCUUCACAAAACCCGGAUUGUUUUACCAUGUGAACGCUCGUAUGUCUGAUCCGUCUCAAGCCACGAGGAUAACUCUUGUGUGGACGGAUGCGCCUGCGGCUCCGUUCACUCGACGAGCACUUGUCAACGAUCUUCAUCUCUUGAUUAAGUCUCAAGGCAUGUUUUUCCGUGGCAACAUGUUCAAUGGCCCUUACAGCAUUCCUACAGAGUUUGAUCGAUCGCGAUCAUUUGAUAACAUCAAUAAUGUGGAGAGCGUCAUUUUGCCGCCCAACUUGGGCAUCCUCAGUAGAGAUAUUGAGAUUUAUGUGACUGCUGCUGUGAUAGCUGGAGAUGGCGUGCCAGGCAAUGAUCAUAUGAUGGACCAGGACUUUGCACUGGUGGGAUGCAAUCUAGAAGAGUUGCCGUUGCUUUGCGCAGACCCUCUGGCUGAGAAUGUGUGUGAGUGUGAAGAAGAUUACAUUGAGGAAUACGAAGAGAGUUACGUACAUCAAGUCAAGAGAAGAAUUAAAUCACCGUGUAGACAGUUUGGAUGGAAGACAUGCACAAAGACAAUAAUCGAGUCUGAGAUCAAGAAGAGAAAGAAUUAUCGAAUGCAUAAACGUACGAUUUCUUGCUGCUGUCCGGGAUGGAUGAGAGAGGAGAACAGCUGCGUUAGAAGAUGUUCUCCUGAAUUCUUCGGUCGUGCAUGUCAGUUCCGCUGCCACUGCAGUAGCAACAGUUCUUGCGAUCCAGUUGACGGCUCCUGUCAUUGCCAUCACGGCUUCUACGGCCCAGCAUGCAAUCAACUCUGCAAACCUUCCUCACAUUUCACAACAACACACAACCAAUCAUUGAUAUCAAUAAACAUCACAGAAGGUCAACAACCCGGCAGCUACGUUCUCAUCAGCAAUCAAAACACGACGGAGAGAAUACGAUUUCGUAUCGAAUCAGGAAACAAAGGAGGCACAUUUAGCACUAAUCCAGACACCGGAGGCAUCUUUCUUAACAAACAAGUUGACCGAGAGACGAUCGAGAGUUUCCAUUUGUUUCUCAUGCCGUUUGACUUACUGACCGGCUGCCUGGCAUCCGAAGGUUUGAUUGAAUGUAUUGUCACCGUGUUAGACAGCAACGAUAAUCCACCAACGUUUAAUCAAUCUCUCUACCACAUUACUGUUGAGGAGUACGUCAUCACAGGGACAGUUGUUGCUACUUUGACUGCAGAGGAUCUCGAUGUCGGAGACCACGUGACCUACAAAAUUUCCGUAAGUAACCCGGAAAGUAGUAACCAAUUUUUUGAUAUCAAUAACACUGGAGACAUCAUCACAACAAGAAAUCUUUUUAAUCUGAGUAAACCAACGGUGUAUCUCACCGUGACUGCAAGUGAUGGUAAACAUGCGUCAACGACUCGGAUAUUUAUCGAUGUUGUCAUUGAUAUCAAACUUGCCGGAAGUAGUCCAAACUCGAUGCGUGGGGUGGUGCAAGUAAAACACGACGGAUUGUGGGGAACGAUCUGCGGAGUCACAUGGAGUUACUCAAACUCAAAAAUCAUAUGCAAACAACUCGGUUCGGUCGCGGUCAACACACAGGGAGCGUUGCUAUAUCGCUCCACGUCUCACGCUUGGCUGCAUUCCCACACAGUUUACUGUCACGAAACCGAGACUCGAUUUUCACACUGUUUCUCAUUGCCAUGGAAACCGUCAACACAAAAAUGUCUCCACAAUGUAACAAUCGGUGUAAUCUGCUGUGACAAUCCGCACAACGUCGUGUGCAAUUUCUGUGACGAAACGACAAAUGUGUGUGUCGUCGAGUGUCCUAGAGACACAUUCCCGGUGGGAGAACGUUGUUUGAGUUGCCAUAGAGACUGCAGGCAUGGAUGCGUGGGUGGGGGCAGCCGGAAACAUUGCGUUCUAAGAGUCGGCGAGCAUUACCCCAUUACUACAGAAGUUGACACAAGUGGAGCCGUGACGUAUCACAUUGAUAUCAACUCUACUGCAUUCCAGUUGCUCGUUCGAAGUGACAAUCCGUUGAUCGAGUUUGACGACUAUGCGUCUCGAUUUAUGUCGCCUCGGUUGAGGCAUUGUGUUGAUGAUCUCGCUGGGAGGAUCGAUGCGAAGUGGAAUGGAGACGUACGACUGAGAGUCGGGCGUUGUUGUUUCAAUUGUCACUUUGUUGAUAUCAAUAGUGUGUAUGGGUCUGUGAUCGGUGAGGGUUGUGAGAUGGACGUUGAUCUUGUGUUUAUGAUCGAUUCAUCUAGUAGUAUUGGACAUGUGCAUUUCCGGCGAUCUCUUCAGUUUGUUCAGCGGGUUGUUGACUUCUUUGAUGUUGGAGAGAAUAGGACACGCGUGGGUGUGGUUGUCUUUACUGGAGUUCCCACUGUGGCUGUAGGACUUGGUGACUACAACGAUAAGCACAGUCUACUCACAUCCAUAUCUACCAUCACAUACAAACGAGGAGGCACACACAUCGGUUCAGCCCUUCGCCUCACUCAUCAACACAUCAAAUCAAAGAACAGACGUCACAGCGGAAUUCCAGAAAUAGUUGUCAUGCUAACAGACGGAUUUUCAUAUGACAAGGUAGAUGGGGUGGCUGCUGAAAUGCAUCAAGAUGGAGUGUCUCUGUUUGUGAUUGGAAUUUCUGGAUAUAAUGAAGACCAACUGAAUGCAAUAGCAUCUAAACCAACAAGUACUCAUGCUAUAUUGCUGGAUGACUUUGAAGAAAUUGAGGAUAUAGUGGAUUAUAUCAGUGCUGGCUCGUGUGCAGAAUCUGCCCACAUUCACACUGGCGACUCUCUCCACCCAACUGUCCGUCCCGGUCAGAUUCGUUUCUUCACUCUUCCGUUCUCUCCACUAACCAUCACAAUAGAUGACGACUCAAACUCAACAUUCAUCUUUGUCUCGUUCUCUAACAAAAAUCCUAAUCCAUUGGAUUAUGACGUCAUGCAUGACGUAAGCAAGAAUAUGAAAGUUGUUGUCAUUACUGAUAACAUGCUGUCAAGCCGAGUGAAGAGAGCAGACAAAAACCCAAACCAAAUAUUUGUUGGAGUUCAGAGUAUAAGCGGCAAGGAUGUAGAGGUGGAUAUGAAGGUAUGGAAUAAUGUGUUUGACAAUUACACAGCUGAAGUGUUCGUGUCAGAAGAUGAGGACGUGGGUAAAGUUAUUUAUUGUGUCAAUGCAGGCGAUGGAUAUCGAUACGAUAUAGUGAAAGGCAAUACAGACAAUCAUUUCUCUAUCAAUCGUUCAACUGGUAAUAUAACCAUACUGCAAUCUCUUGAUCGGGAAACUGUUGAUGAAUAUCAUCUGAUUGUGGAGGCAUCAGGUGACAAUAUCAAGGGAUCAGUCUUGCUUGUUGUCUCAAUACUUGAUAUCAAUGACAACAGACCAGUGUUUCUGACAUCAGACAGCUACAUUGACGUGAUGGCAACCAACCAAGUGGGUGCGGUUGUUAGUAAGUUUGAGGCUCAGGAUAAAGAUGAAGGAGAAAAUGGUAUUGUGAGGUAUUCGUUGUUGACAAAUGGAGAUGGAAGAUUUGAUAUCAAUGAAACAGCAGGUGAGCUCAUUGUUGCACAAGGUUUGCAAGAGAAUGAGAUUGUAAACAUAUCUGUGAUUGCAUCUGACGUCGGAUUGUCGCCUCUUUCGUCACAACUGAAUGUCACUUUGAUAGGAGUAAACCCGUGCUCUUUGUACAAUAUCACUCUGACUGGGCUUGCAACUCAUUUGAGUUAUUCGGAGAACAACUCAACCAUUCGUAUUCUCGAUGGUCUGCACAUCACAACUACAAUGAAAUUGAGAACAAACUACAUGAUGAUUAGCCAUGCAAACCUUACUCUGUUGCCGGUCUUACUCUCCGAGUUACAACUUCAUCUUGCUGUGUCGCCGAUGGUCGUGUCUUCUUUCUUUGUAAAUCAGACAGUCAAACGUGAUGACACAAGUGUGUCUGUGAUGCUGGAUGGUCUGCAGUCACCUUCAGUAUACAAAAAUCUGCUUUCGUCUGCUAACAUCAUCAGCCUUUCAGACGAGCCGUCAUAUCAUCAAUACCACAACAAGUCAAUUUUCAGACUCACUAUGACUGAUGACCUUGGAUGCCAAGCAACAGCACAAGUUACUCUGCAGGUCAUUUAUAUUAAUGACCAUCCACCCACAAUAUCAGUCAACCAAUCAGUUGUCGAGUUUGAUUGGCAGCAUAAUAAAUGUCUCAUAUACCCGGAUGUUGUGAUAUCUGACAAAGAUGCAGGUCCAGAUGGACAGUACUUGUAUGGUGCAGCUGUUGAUAUGCUGCACGUUGGGCCGAAUAUUGAGUUGGAGAGUUUGACUGUGAGUCUGCCUGUCAAUGCGAAUCUGUCAGUGUCACACAUUGGGAAGAUGCUAGUUGUGUCGGGCAAAGCAUUGAUCUCUGAGUACACAUCUACACUACAAACUGUCGUCUAUCACAACUCAUUAGACAUCACACAUGCUGACACAUCGAACAGAACAUUCAAAUUGACAAUAUUUGAUGGCAGUCACGUGACCAACUUCACAACAACAAUAAAAAUGAGCACAAGGAUGUCGACAAAAACCAACGAAACAGGCAACAGCAUCUUGUCAACAAUACACCCAUCACCAGAAGUGACGUCAUCUUCAACUCCAACUGUUUUUCCCAGCGACUCUCAUGACGUGCAAGAAUCUGGUCAGGUUAAUAUCAAUGUCACACCAACAUCAACCGAAUUUCCCGCGUCAAUCAGUGAUAAUAUUUUUCCGAACAAAAGCAACGAGACUAAUCGCGACGACCCGCUUCACUUACAAUGGUGGCAGGUUGUUGUUGUUAUCAUCACCAUGGCAACCAUUAUCAUCAUAAUAGGGUUUGUGGUGCGGUUGCUGAUGAAACGAAACGUAACAUACAUCUAACGAACACCAAAAUAUUGACAGAGAGAGAUAUCCAAACUUUAUUUAUUUCAACUGCUCUGCAUGCCACCAUUUAGUCACACCCUUUGUUUG